ACUCUCACUCUCAUCCUCUCCUUCUCUAACAAUGGCGUUGCCAUUUUCCUCUCUCUUCUCUCUUCUUCUUCUUCUUCUUAUCUUCUUCUUCACGGAUAUCUGCAACGCCCUACCCAUUGCCCAAAAUGGCACCGUUGAAUACUUGAAGCUCCCAUUGCUCCACAUUAAGCCUUUCACUACCCCUUCCCAAGCUCUCUCAUUUGAUUCCCAGCGCCUCUCCUUUUUCUUCUCUGCAUUGCACACCCCUCAAUCGCUCAAAUCUCCAGUAGUCUCCGGCGCCUCCACCGGCUCUGGCCAGUAUUUCGUUGAUCUUAGGCUUGGAACCCCACCUCAGAAACUCCUCCUCGUGGCCGACACCGGCAGUGAUCUAGUGUGGGUCAAGUGCUCCGCUUGCCGAAACUGCACCAGACACACACCGGGAUCAGCCUUCUUGGCUCGCCACUCCACCACAUUUUCCCCCAACCACUGUUACGACUCGGCGUGUCAACUCGUUCCCCUCCCAAAACACCAUCGCUGCAACCACGCCCGCCUCCACAGUCCCUGUCGCUACGAGUACUCCUACGGCGACGGAUCCAAAACUAGUGGGUUUUUCUCCAAAGAAACGACGACGUUGAACACCAGCUCCGGCAGGGAAGCCAAGCUGAAAGGGAUAGCUUUCGGUUGUGCGUUUCGGAUCUCUGGUCCCAGUGUUUCGGGUGCGAGCUUCAACGGUGCUCACGGAGUCAUGGGCCUGGGCAGAGGGCCCAUCUCCCUAUCUUCUCAACUGGGUCACCGAUUUGGUAACAAGUUCUCAUAUUGUCUCAUGGAUCACGACAUUUCACCAUCUCCAACGAGCUAUCUUCUAAUCGGCAGCACCCAAAACGACGUCGCCCCCGGAAAACGCAGAAUGCGCUUCACACCACUCCAUUUCAACCCUCUCUCCCCCACAUUUUACUAUAUAGAUAUCGAAAGCGUCUCCGUCGACGGCAUCAAAUUACCGAUCAACCCCUCCGUCUGGGCCCUCGACGAACUGGGUAACGGCGGCACCAUUGUCGACUCCGGCACCACCCUCACCUUCCUCCCCGAACCAGCCUACCGCCAGAUCCUAACGGUUAUAAAACGGCGCGUGAGGUUACCGAGUCCAGCUGAGCCGACUCCGGGUUUCGAUCUGUGCGUGAACGUGUCAGAAAUCGAACACCCGCGUCUACCCAAACUGAGUUUCAAACUCGGAGGCGACUCGGUGUUCUCGCCACCUCCAAGAAACUACUUCGUGGACACGGACGAGGACGUGAAGUGCUUGGCGUUACAGGCCGUUAUGACGCCGUCAGGGUUCUCGGUGAUUGGGAAUCUAAUGCAACAAGGAUUUUUGUUGGAGUUCGACAAGGACAGGACGAGGCUCGGUUUUUCACGGCAUGGCUGCGCCCUACCUUGACGACAACAACCGAGUCUCUGACUCACUGAGUCAGUUGAACCAGAUUUUUUCAAAUUUAAUAAUCGUUAUAUUUUAAUUAUUUGUAAGUUAUAAUUAAUUAUUUUUGGACAUUGUGUGAAUUUAUUUUAUCAAUGCGGACACCUCUGUUUGAUGCUUCUCAAAAAAAAUCGUGUACUAAUCAAAACCUGUUCUCGAAGUGUUUAUUCUCCCAAAAAUGUUGAAUGCGUUUACUAAUCCAAGCAUGUCCAAUCUAUACACAUGAAGAAUCGGAAAGGUUUA